AUGGAUAAGAACAGUAAUCUUCCGGAGGAUUUGAUAGAGGAGAUACUCUCUAGGGUUCCAACGAAGUCUCUGGCACGAUUCCGAGCAACAUCGAAACGAUGGAACUCUCUAUCGAAAACCGGGAGGUUUGCUAAUAAACAUUCUGCUAGUGCACCAAAGGAGUCUCUGCCUAUCAUGCUCAUUGGUUCUAGACUUUACUUAGUAAAUAUCAGUCUCCUUGGAAUGCACGGCAACGACAACGUUGCUCCAUCUGUUAAUGUAGGAUCUCAAUUCCAUCUUUACGAUCCUCGUUAUAACUCUUCACGGGUCGAUAUACGUGACGUGUUCCACUGCGACGGUCUACUGCUGUGCACCACGAAGGACCGUAGACACGUGGUUUGCAACCCAUGCUCAGGGGAAACCAAGUGGAUUAAACCGAGCAGCAGAUACAAGGAAACCGACUACUAUGCUCUCGGUUACGGUUACGAUACCAAAUCCUCCUGCAAGCAAUACAAAAUCCUGAAGGUGGAUUGUCAAGACCCUCUUAACCGUAACGAGAACGGAAUCUAUGAUCUUACCUCUGAUUCUUGGAGGAAUCUUGGUGUAGCUACGGACUGGUCUUUAGUGGCAGAGGUUCGUGGCGUGUCUGUGAAGGGAAACACUUAUUGGAUUGCUCUUGCUAUUACUUUGGACGACUUUCCUAAUUUCUUGCUAAGCUUUGAUUUUUCAACGGAGAGGUUUCAGAGUCGGUCUCUUCCUCGUCAGUUUAAGUUCUCUGAUUUUGCGGUUUUAUCAGUGGUUAGAGAAGAGAAACUCUGUCUGUUAGGUGGAGAUUCAAGAGGUUUGAAUGUUUUGGUGACAGAUAGUAUCGGAGUCAUGUCAUGGAGCAAGUUCCUGAGAAAGAUUAAUGUCCUCAAGUUGGGUAGUUGGAUGAGUUUCUUGGUCGACGAGGAGAACAAAGUUGUAGUGUGUUGCAAGAAGUACCCGGAUUCCAACAGAGAGCUGUGCAUUGUGGGAGAAGAUAAAUACGCAUUGGUGGAUCAUUAUGGUGGAGAUUUAGAUCCGACAUGUAGACCAAAGUCUUCCCAAGUUCUUAUGAGUUAUGUUCCAAGUUUGGCUCAAAUCCAACAAACUCCACUUCUUCCUGGACACAAAAGGAAAAGAACCAAGCAUGUUUGA